UUAAAUUAAAACACUGCCUGUUCGCAGAUAAACAUCGUCUCGAUUAUCAGCACUCUACAACCUCCGACUCAACUCAACUCUACAUCUUCCGACGAAAGACUUCCGAAGACACGAAGGCUGUAAGAGGAUUUCUGCCGGACCUGAAGAGCUGGACUGUAGGCGAGAUCGCUCGUGCUGCGGGUCUCGUCGCUUUCUCUGCCGGUGCGGGUUACUGCAUUUACCGCAGCCUACGGAGAGAAAGAGCUCCUCCGGACCGCACUCAGCCUUCUCACGAGCCUGUGGACGUGCUGAGGGAAUCAUUAGAUAUUCCCUCUCUCCUCCAGGUCGUUGAGCCAAUUCUGCAACUGCUGCCCACCGAACCUCAAGACGAACCACAAGCCGUCAUUCUGCCACUCGAUGCUGGUGAACUGAACAGCGCUUGCUGCGAUGUUCAGUUCAUGUCUGCAGACUCCUCAUCCUCCCAGUCUGAGCCAGUGGACAUCAGGAGAGACAUCCCUGGAAUGAUAAGGGGUCCAGAGAGUCAGCUCGAAACCGUAGAGAUGCACCACUCGACUCACAAAGUUGUUGAGCCACAUCUUCAUUCGCUGCCCAACGAACAACAAGAAGACCCAUCAGCUGUUCUUCCGCCACUCUAUGCUGGUGAGCUGAUCAGCGCUUGCCGAAACAUUCAGUUCCUCUCUGCAGACACCUCCAUCUCCCAGUCUCAGUCAGUGAACAUCAGGACAUACCUCUUGUGGAUGAUAAGGGGCCCAGAGUGUCGUCUUUGCUGGUUUACAACCACAAAGACACAAUCCAUCAAUCACAUGGGAUUCCCUUAUCAUACCACCAUAGAGGAUUGUUUCACUGGCAUACAGGUUGAAUCUGGGAGGGUUACAGAAUUUAUUUCCUGUAACCGAGUGGAGACCGAUAACAUCGUGCCAGGUUUUUAUUAUGUGCAAACCAUGAAAUAUGUGACCUGCACUUACAUGUUUGUGGGUAAAGAUGGGCAAAUGGACACCUCCACUUGGGAGAAGGAAGAGGUUCCCGUUCCAUAUGCGGAGGGUGACGAGAGCCUUAACCCAGAGGAGAUGGAGGUGCCCUUUAUUUGCUGCCAUCUUUCAGACAGAGGGGUUACUGAUGUCGGCCUGAAGCUGCCCGCUCUCCGUGAGGCGUUCGCUACUCUGCUUGUCAGCAUCCACAACAAGAACUUCUUGUUCCUGGUUGGAAAGAAGAUCGUCAUGGCAGCAGCUAACAUCCAGUUGGCCUACGAGGCCUUGAUUCAAUUCCUGAGGACGCCUUCUCAUCAGGAUUCGAUUGAAGCAGAGAUCUCCUCCUGUGUCCCCCACUACAACUUCCUGGAUGUUUUUUUUGAGCUGAUUCUGUUCCGCCAUUUCAGAAGUGGCUCAACACUUGAGACAUUUAAGGGAGGAUUCUUGGAGGGCCUGCUCGAGCUCGUCAGCAUGUGGGAUGUGGACGUGUGGGAGCCUGCAGCAGAGCUGUACUUCACAGUGCUUAUUGAUCACCUAACACAGCUUGCUGAAGUACUGUUCACUCAGCCUCUGGAGCUCUACAGCGACCCAGCAACCUUAGCCGCCACGGUUCAGCAUCUUCUUAAGAAGCACGUCCAGCAGAUGAUGGACAUUUUGGAGAAGCUCUGAGCAAUGUCUUUAUUUUAUUGCUUUAUUUUUUCUUCUUCUGAUUCAUUUUAUGUUCGUUCUUUUCCCUCACUUAUUUUCCCUACAUUGCUCAAGCUCUCCACAGGUAAGUAUGAAUUCAUUUUAUUUCCAUUUUUGAUUAAGAUUUCAAAAAUCUCUCUUUUUCCUGCAGGUUUUGAGCAGUGAACCCCAGGACUGAAGACGGGCUUAACUCUAGGAUCCCUCUUCCCUUAAUAAUCAUCCCAUUAUAAUCUAUCUCUUUAUUCUUAUCCCACUCCCCUAUUCCUAUAGAUAAUAAAUGUAUUAAUAUAAUAUUUUGUAAAUAAACUUUACAUACUUAAUAAAUAUUAGUAAAUAU